UUACGUUACCAUAGUAAAAUUUUGUGAACGUUUGCAUAUAUAAAAUUCCUGAAUAUAUUUAGGUUUUCAAAUUUAAAUAAUUAACAAUUUGGACUUUUAAACGCUUCCAAAUUUACAAUAAAUGUCGAGUUAUUAGAGAAAUAAAUUUCGGUUUAUUUCGUUAUCGGGAAAUCCCACUAAGCCUGAUCGAAGAUGUCGUCUGGCACUGGUUUUGUUAUCGUCUGUUUUCUCUUUACUUUCUUCUCUUGCGUAUUGUGUCAGUAUGAAGAUGUUCGUUGUAAAUGUGUCUGUAUAACUCCUGAAGUGAUUAAUGGUUCAAAAUCUGAUCGCAAAUUUUACAUUGGAAAUGUACCUCCAUUGAAGUAUAAUUGUGAUGAAGUGAUCUUGCCUCAAGUUGGUAUUGAUGUGAGAGGGAAAGAAAAAGAAUUUUGUCCACGCUGUGAAUGUAAAUAUGAGAGUAGAAAUACAACAACCAUUAAAGUUGUAGUUAUUUUGAUCAUUUGGGUGAUUUCUCUUUUGGUUGUAUAUAUGCUGUUUCUAAUGUGCUUGGAUCCUCUGCUUAACAAACGCAGUACCACUUAUGAAGAGCAUACAAAUGAAGAAGUUAAUCUGGAUGAGCCAAUAGCAGCUAUGCAGCGACCACGUACUUCAAGUACAAAUGUUUUGAACAGAGUCGGCCAGCAGCAAGAUAGAUGGAAGCGGCAAGUGCAAGAACAGCGCCGAAAUAUCUAUGACAGACAUACAAUGCUGAAUUAAUCUUCUUUUCUGUUACGUGUAACUUUAAUUUUUCUAAAAAUUUUUACCCAUUUCAUAUGGGGAAACAGUAUCAAAUAUAUGGAAAAAAAUUCAAAGUAUGAGAAAUUAUGAACAGUUAAGAUAUUUGGUUACCAAGUUAAAAUAAUCCAUAUUGAUAAUGGCUAGGUUCACAUUUAUUUAUUCUCUAUAAACUAUGUAUAUAUUUGAAUGCUAUUUCCUUAUGUAUAGAAUAUCAAAUACUUUGUUAAACUGUUUGAUUUGUAACUU